AUGAGCGGGAGUAAAGCCGUGACCGCUGAGGAAAUUUUGCACUUCUAUAAUGGCAUGGAGCAACAGGGAAAGGAAUGGCUGCGAGACAGACGACCUGCUACGUUAGAAGAAGCGGCCAAGUUGGCCGACGAACAUUAUGAUUCCCGUUUACACGAACCGACAAACUACCGAACCGUGGCACGAGUCGAACACAGCGACAAUUAUUGUACGUCUCCCCGCACCGAUUUCCGAGCCCCGGUACCCGCUGGGCCCAUACGAUACUCAGGACCACCCACUAACAACCCCUCUGACCGUCCCCGACCAACGUGUUUCAGAUGCAAACAACCAACUCAUGGCAAGCUGCCCUCUCAACACACAUCAGACCUCCCGGAAUUAUAA